AUGGAACGCGUAAACUAGGAAGUAGGAGGCAGUCUUUGCAUCCCCCUGCUAUAACGACAAUGAUCAGCGAACUGCAGAAACUUGGUGCUGGCUUGGCAGGUUUUGGUGUUUUUUUCCUUAUAUUUGGUGUUUUGCUAUAUUUUGACACUGUUCUCCUGGCUUUUGGAAAUAUUUUGUUCCUGUCAGGCCUUGCUCUCAUUAUAGGCCUCAGACGGACCUUCAGUUUCUUCUUCCAGCGGCACAAGCUGAGAGGCAGUUCCUUCUUCUUAGGAGGAGCUGUGCUCGUUCUCCUGCGUUGGCCUCUCAUCGGGAUGCUGUGUGAGAUCUAUGGAUUCUUCAGCCUUUUCAGAGGAUUCUUCCCGUUAGUUUUUGGAUUCCUGGGAUCUUUGGGUAAUAUUCCACUACUCACUAAGCUUUUUCAGAGCCUGGCCGGAGGUGAUACGACCAUGGUAUAAACUACGACCACAAUCUCAAUGUUCAUGUUGAAGCUUACAGAUUGCCACCUAACCCAAAUGCAGCCUGUUCCCAUUUGUAAAUAAUGUAAAACUGGAAGCCACAUGUAUUGGUCAAUCACGCCAUAUGCCAAGACGCUUUAACAAAACACUAUUUUAAAGUCUAGAACAGUGGUUCUCAAACUUUUUUGAAUCAUGGCAUCCUGGAGCAUCAGAAUUUUUUACACGGCAUCUCUAGGCCAAAAGUUUCUUAUUGAGAAAUGUAGACAGAAAUAUUUAAUGAAGUAAAUUAUGUUUAUAUGUCAUUCUUAGGGUCAGUUAUGUGGUGAGGGACAAGAUUUGCUUCUGUUUGUCCACAUAUUUUAUGAUUUGAAGCCUAUUACAUUGACCAUAAAUUAUUUAAAUUUGUCCUGGACCACCAACCCAGGGCAUCCCUGAUAGUGUCCUGAGGCACCCCAGGGUGCCACGGUACACAGUUUGAGAACCACUGGGCUAGACCCUAGAUACAGUAGGUAACAUGAAAUUAAAAUAAAACUUUUACUAGAUGCUUGUAAAA